UCUUUGUUGUUCACAUCAUAAGGUUUAUGGUAGUCAUACCUCAUUUAUGUUUCGUUCCAUUUGAACUCGUAACUCGGAAAGUCCGAAUUCCUAUUCGGAAAUAUCAAUUGGAAAGCCCCAUGAAGUGAACUCGGAGGAAUCAACACAAUCCCAACCUCAGAAUUCAAGAUGGUUGCGCCCUUUAUCAACAGAAGUUAAAGUUGUAGUUCUAUACUGUUUAUUAGCACUUACAUAUUUUUGUGGCUCAAUAAAUCGUUCGUACACACGGUACCGUCCAAUUUAUCUGUGGACGCUUUACUACGGAGUUUUACGCGAAAAACACCGCGUAAUGUGUCGUUAUCAACUGAUAUUGCUAACAAUUAACCAGGCUAGAACUGGGUUUCAUCCUUAGUGGAUUAUUUGUUCGAUUUAAGGUAGUCCGGGCUAAAUGUAAGUGAACGAAAAUAAAGCCCAUUUAAAGUCAGGUAUCUUAACAAUACAAGGGUCCCGUUGCAAAAAGCAAGUUUCCCAGCUGUAUUGGAACGCGUUUCGUGUGUGACGUCAUUCCGAGUUCUGCCCUCCUGCAGUCCCUUUUUGAUGACGAAAGCGCGUCGUUGAGAUGCGCGGUUGCUAUGCCGCGUUUGAAAUGGACUGAACCCUUCCUGCACAUAACCGAUAUUUCGCUUGGGGAUUUAGCCUCAGUGGUGGGUUACCAAUCAGAUUUUGACGACUUAUUCCUCCGGGGUAGUACUUGUUACCGGCGACUAUGUCAGCGGUGAAGAACGAAGACCUGCUGAGUGACGUAGAGCCUCUGAUCGCAUCCCCGAGCGCGUCGCCUCCUCCCUCCUUCCUGCCCCCAUCCCUGGCAGAGGCCUGCACUCCGUCCUCCUCUCGUUCGUUGCCAGAGAAAUGGCAGCCGUCCCUGGCUCAUUCCUGGCCCACGUCACCCCUCUCCACACUAUCCCCCUCCAGCCAGGUCACCGCCCGACUCUAUGCCUCACUGAAGAGCAGCGAGAAGCUGGGCGUGGCCGGUCUGGCUGGUCGCCUUAUCACUGACCCCACAGAGAGACCCAGACAGGUCACUUUCAGCCUCUCAUCGCCCAGUCUGACCAGUGACAUUUCUGCUGCGUGGAUGAAGGCUACCCCUGCACACUUUCUGGGACAGCUGGAGGAGCCAGAGGGGGCUGAAUCCAGCACGCCAGCCUCCCUCUCCCCCAACAUUGGUGACCCUGCUGAGGGGGCCGCAAGAGCAAUAGAUGAAGACUUGGAACUGGGGGAACUGGCAGAGAAGAUGAGUCAUAGUCUACAGACCAGUGUGGACAGCAGCUCUGCCUCAGCCCUGAAUGGUAGGGAGCACAUCCAGGACAUGGAGAGUGUACGGGGUCACCUGCAGUCCAUGCUGAGGGCGGGACAGGAGACCUCAGAGCAAGAGAGGGCCACCAGCUACGUGUCUGGGUUCCCUCAGCUCGACACACGGGCGAAGGACGACGAAUCCUUCGAUAGCGACGCCACCUCGCACCUACUCAGCAGUGCUCCGGCGCUGGCGUCACCCACCUUGUCCUUCAGUGGCCUGGAUGACCUCUUCCCCCGGUACUCCCGCCUGCGGUCCGACGAGGGCCCGCCGAUGUCCGCGGAGGGGCAGGUCCUGCAGGAUUGUCUGGACAGGGAGCGCACACGCCGGAAGCACUGCGAGAGGCAGAUCCGCGCCUUACAAAACAAGGCCCUUCAGUCCCAGCAGCAGCUGGCUCUGGCCGCCUCCGCGGACAGGAAGAAGAAUGUCAUGAUUGAGCAGCUAGACAAGACUCUGGCUAAAGUGGUGGCGGGCUGGAGGAGACACGAACAGGAGCAGAGUGCGAGAAUUGGGAGGCUGCAUGAGGAGAAGGAGGCGGUACAGAAGACCCAGGCCAAGCAGCAGGAGGCAUCUCUGCGUUUGGAGCAGUCCCUCUCCCAGGCUGUCGAGACGUUGGACAGGGAGCAGAAGCACGGAGAGGAGCUGAGGAGCACCAACCAGCUGUUGGAGCGGCAGCUGGCCAACGUCCGUGCACGGCUGGAGGAGCAGGGCCGGAGGAGGAAACGCGAGCUGGAGGAGACACGCAGGGAGGUCCAGGAAGCGCAUGGCACUUUGUCCCAGCACAGGGAGGCCUGGGCCAGUAGGGAGAGGGAGCUGGAGGAGCGGCUGGCAUUGCAGGCUGCCGAGCUGGACAGGGAGAAGGCUGGCCGCGAGCAUGAGACCCUGCAGCUGAAGGAGGCUCAGCAGGAGCUGCGGGCGGUGCAAGCCAGACUGCAACAGCUGGACGGGGAGCUGGAGGAGGCGUGCAGGGAGAGGGACGCGGCACGGAUGGACAGGGCACUGGAGCAGGCUCGCUCCGAGGCUCAGCGCUCCCACCUGGAGGUGGAGCUAAAGCUCUCGCUGGAGCAGCAGGUGACGGAGCGGCUGGUAGCCCUACAGAAGGAGAACGAGGAGAGCACGGCCUCGCUGAGGGAGCAGCACAGGAAGCAGCUGCUGGACCUCGGCGCCCAUCAGGAGAGGGAGCUGUCCAAACAGAUGGCCGAGUUCAGGGCGGAGCUGCAGGGGCGUGACGAUCGACACCGGCGGCUUGUUGAAGAUUAUGAGAGGAGGCUGGCCCUAAAGCAGGAGGAGGUGCAGAGUUUGGAAAGUAGCAAGAGGAAGCUGGAGGCUCAGAGGGCGGAGCUGGUGUCUCGCCUGCAGGAACUGUUGCGCUCCCAUUGGACAGAAGCACUCAGGCUGCUGGCCAAUCAGAACCAGGUGGAGGGCCCCCCCUCACCCCCUCCAAGCAACAGGGUGGAGCUGCCGGUGAUGUCAGACCGGGAGCUGGAUCAGGCGGGCUCAUUGUUACAGCGUGUGCCAGGUGUGGGGCAGUGUCGAGCCCUGUGUGACGUCUCACUGAUUUAUCCUGUCCCUGCCCCCCCCCAAGACCAAGACCCCCCACAGCCCCUAGAGUUCAUGAUGUCAAAGGAGAUACCUCACACAAGACUGGAGUCACCCCCCCACAAAGCUCGUGGCUCUCGUGCCCCCCAGUCGGACCUGAGCAGCCUGUUUAACCACAGCAGCUCCUUCUGCCCCCUGGAGCCCCAGCUGGAUGACACAGCGAUCACAGCUGGAGGCUGUGACCUGGAGGAACUUUGCGAGAAACCCCUGGCCAAAGAGAAGCAUGCAGCUCCAGGGCUGGAGCGAGGACUUCCGUGGAAGGGCAGAGAGAACAGGAGGCCUCUGGGGGUCCAUGACAUGGAGAGCGGCAGAGAGGAGUGCUCUGGGGACAGCGUGAUGAGGGAUGCCCGCUUGUGCUCUGGAGUGACGAGGGAUGCCCGCUUGUCCUUUGUCCAGGGGCAGGCUGCUUACCAUGGAGACGGAGGCAGACUGAGUCAGUCAGGGUACUGUGCAGAGGGGGGUGUCUCUCUGGGAGUCAGCACAGAGAGGGACAGACAUUUGGGGGGGAGCGGACACAGUGCCCCUAGUGGCAGGGAGGUUGCUUCGCAGAAGGAUACCAGGCUGGACCUGAGCAUGGGUAGUGUGCUGGCACAGGGUGGACACCACGCCGGACUGGAGCACUACAGGUCAGGUCUCCAGGGUUACAGCUCAUGGGGGCCAAAGCUGGGAGAGAGUGGAGGACCCAGGUCCAAUUGGGGGGCCCUGGAAAGUUCCCAGUACAACACUGCACUGGGAAGUGGUUUAGAGCGUGUAGUGAUUCCCGAUCAUUGUGGCACCAGCCAGUACCUGGAAAGGAGUACAGAGAACCAGCCAGGGAUCCCAGCACAGACAGGCAGGCCGGGGGAGCAGGAUGAGUACAGACAGGCCCAGCUGCAGUACUACAUCAGCAAGCUGCUGGAUCGCUGCCCUGGCGAGCCUCUGGAUCUGCCCGUCUCGGGCAGCGAGCAUCACUCUGUGGCAUCUGGUUCCGGUCCAGUUGAGACGGGUCUGCAGGCGCCCUGGGAAGGUGAGGGCGACCCACAGCUCCCGGCGCCCCCUGUGGUCACCCUCAGCAGACCUCUGUCUUUGGCCGUCACCAAAACCAAGCUGGGAGCCCCUCCCCCGUACCAGCAGGCGGCCGGCAGGCCGGAGUCCGGCCCCCUCCCUCAGGGUGACUCGGACCCCACUAAAGGCUCCCUGGCUCAGGUCACACGGCUCCUGUCAGAGUGCCAGGCCCAGCCGGACUCGGCCAUGCCCUCUCUGGAGAAGCUCCUCGCCCAGCUCCUCUCCGCUCAGGCCGACAGGACCUUUGGCUCCGAAGGCAGGGAGAGCAGCGCUUCCAUGCAGCACCUGCAGCAGGCCCUGAGCCAGACUGACCACAAGGAGGGCAGCACGUCGGCUAUGCGGAGGAGAAGCCAGUCCCAACGGCCCACGGAAGGAGGCAGGAGCCAGGGCUCCAGGGGCAGGAGAGGUGGCCCCCAAGCCCACAGGGCAUCUGUCACCCGGGGCAGUGCGUGGAGGUGAAGGGGGACAAGGUGACCCCGCCCGUUGUAGGCGGGCAGGUCUCAGCCUUUUCCGUUUGCUCACGUGCCACAGCUUCCAGAUGGUUCUGUGUACUGGUGGAACUGGUGCAUUCUUGGGAGCUGCUGAUGGUGGAUGACCCCCCCCCUUUCAGGGGGGAUGAUAGAGGCCCUUCAGGGGCAGAGGGAACAAUGAUGGAUUCAAAGUCGACUUUAUCACAGCGCAGCCCGGACUGAAGGACAGUCGAAUCGAAAUGAAAUCAGCAGCCUGCUCUUUUAACCAAAGUUUUAAAACAAACUUUAUGUUACAUGCUAUAUGUCUGAUUUUUUUUGUACAUGUUUCUGGAAGAUCACAUUGUGCCAUGCAGUCAUUAAAGGUCUAGUUUUCCUACA